AUGGUGACUCUCUCUUUUGUCUUUCUUUUGUUCCCUCUCUGGUGCUACAUCUCUUCCACCGCUGCGGCGUCGAUCUGCUCAACAGCUCAGCAAAAGAAUCUGGAAGGAUAUGUCGGCUUCGCAAGCCUCCCCAACCAAGUGUACAGGAAGUCCGUCAAGAGGGGCUUUGAGUUCACCCUGAUGGUCGUGGGCGAGUCGGGUUUGGGCAAAUCCACGUUGAUCAACUCUCUGUUCCUGACAGACCUGUAUUCACCAGAGUAUCCCGGACCUUCACAUCGAAUCAAAAAGACUGUACAGGUGGAGCAGUCCAAAGUUCUAAUAAAGGAAGGCGGCGUCCAGCUGCUGCUCACGAUAGUCGACACCCCGGGGUUCGGAGAUGCUGUCGAUAACAGCAACUGCUGGCAGCCCAUCAUCGACCACAUAGACAGCAAGUUCGAAGACUACCUGAACUCAGAGUCACGGGUCAACAGACGACAGAUGCCUGACAGCCGAAUCCAUUGCUGCCUGUACUUCAUCGCCCCCUCGGGACACGGGUUGAAGCCCCUGGACAUCGAGUUCAUGAAGCGACUGCACGAGAAAGUCAACGUCAUCCCACUGAUCGCCAAAGCCGACACCCUGACCCCAGAGGAGUGCCAGCAGUUCAAGAAGCAGAUCAUGCGGGAAAUCCAGGAACACAAAAUCAAAAUCUACGAGUUCCCGGAGACGGACGACGAAGAGGAGAACAAGCUGGUGAAGAAGAUCAAGGACAAGCUGCCGCUGGCUGUAGUCGGGAGCAACACCAUCAUCGAGGUGAACGGCAAGCGGGUGCGAGGAAGGCAGUACCCCUGGGGCGUGGCUGAAGUGGAGAACAGCGACCACUGCGACUUCACCAUCCUCAGGGACAUGCUGAUCAGGACUCAUAUGCAGGACCUGAAGGACGUCACAAACAACGUCCACUACGAGAACUACCGCAGCAGAAAGCUCGCUGCUGUCACCUACAACGGCGUGGACAACAACAGGGCCAAAGGUCAACUGUCCACCAAACUUGACACAGUUGAAGGAAUGAGUCCUCUGGCUCAGAUGGAGGAGGAGAGACGAGAACAUGUGACCAAGAUGAAGAAGAUGGAGAUGGAGAUGGAGCAAGUGUUUGAGAUGAAAGUCAAGGAGAAAGUGCAGAAGCUGAAAGACUCUGAAGCCGAACUCCAGCGGCGCCACGAGCAGAUGAAGAAGAACCUGGAGGCCCAGCACAAGGAGCUGGAGGAGAAGAGGCGCGUGUUCGAGGACGAGCGAGCCAACUGGGAGACCCAGCAGCGCCUGGAGCAGCAGAAGCUGGAGGCCUCCAGGACUCUGGAGAAGAACAAAAAGAAAGGGAAGAUCUUCUAGACGCCAGGACGACCUCCCCAGCUCACAUUGUUUGCCAACGUUGCCGGUCAGGACGCCGGUGUGGCACUGACAGCCCCCCACUCCUCUCCUCCCCCUCCCCCGCUCUGUCUGCCAACACUGCCGUGUUCCUGCACCCAGCCCCUAGAGGGAGCUAUUACUGGGUUUUGAGUGUGGAAGCAGGCGCGCCCCUCCUUUUUCCCUUUAUGGCCGCCAGACUCUUCAUCAUCAUCAUCAUCAUCGAGAAUGUGUUUACCUUAAUGACAGAAUAAAUACGCCCAUAUUAGAACGGCCAAACUCACAAUAUUUGAAUAACUAUUAUUGAUGUUGUUACUGAAUAGACUCUUCUUCCUCUGCCUCCUCCUCUUCCUCCACCUGCCCUUCAUCCCAAGGUUGCUGUUGAACGACUGACUUGUUAGUACAGUGCAGCUGGUGAGUUUCAUCCGUUUACAGGACCCCUCCUACGCUCCCAACCCCCAGCGCGCUGACAGCCUAACAUCGAGUCAGUAGAUCAACUGCACCUUGGGCUCUUUUUAUAAGAAAGUACCAGCUAAAGCUUCUUAUCUCUGAAUUGUAACGCUUGUUUUCCUGUUAGCCUCGGACCACCGUUUAUACUCGUAAUUAUUCACUCUAGUUUAUUUUUCUAUAUUCAUGCCGACCAGCUGAAGUCAUUAUUACUCCUUUUUGUACGUGUAGAGGAUUCUCCGACUCCAGCGGUUGCUCUGCUUCAAAACCAAAAGAUCCUGGACGCAAAGAAACGAGAAUAUUUUAAUGACGCUGCCGAAGCUGUCAGUGGGGAAAUGAAGAGUCGACGCCACGUCCGUGUUGCUUCUGGCCAUGUACUCCAUCUGUAUUUUUAAUUUUAUUUUUCAUUUGUAUUGUACAAAGUCACUUAAUAAACCUGUGAUGAUACAA